UACACAAUGCAGGGAAUAUCCGAAUUUCGCACGGGGAACAUUUUUUAACGUUCACCAGCCAUCUUUGAGCAUUCCUCAGCUUGAAGAAACUGUGUAACGCACGCAGAUAUACGUCCUUAAAAGAAGCUGAUUAAGUAUACGACUUAGUAUAUAAGUAAAAUAUUUUCCAGAAAAAGAUGGUGACUGCAUCGUCCCUGUUGAACACGUGGUCGGUCGUCAAUCCAUCCUUAACAUCCCCAAACAAACCUCGGCGAGUCAAAAGAUACGCAGGGAUGGCAUUUGCAAGCGUUGGUAGCUCAGAAAAUCCUUGUUUGGGUAUCAAAGUUACACAAGGCCAGGGAAAUCUGCCCAAGGUCAUUUUGACUUCUUCCCAUGGCAGUGAGGCAGAGUUAUACUUAUUUGGAGGUUGUGUCACUUCUUGGAAAGUAGCCAAUAAAGAUUUCCUUUUUGUUCGGCCAGAUGCUGUGUUCAAUGGACAGAAGCCAAUCAGCGGAGGAAUUCCUCAUUGUUUUCCACAGUUUGGACCCGGCCUAAUGCAGCAGCAUGGAUUCGCAAGGAAUAUGAACUGGUCUAUUGUUAAUUCCGAAAAUGUGGAAGGAAAUCCUAUUAUCACUUUGGAGCUUAAGGAUGGUCCAUAUAGUCGUUCUAUGUGGGACCAUACUUUCCAAGUUCUGUACAAGGUGACUCUGGAUAAAAGGACCCUGUCGACAGAAUUAAAAGUUACAAAUGCUGACCAGAAGCCAUUUUCAUUUACAACUGCCCUGCAUACAUAUUUCAGUAUAUUUGUGCUUGAGAAAUUGCAGAUGAGCAAUCAGUCAAGAGGUACUGUUGAAUUCCCUCUUCUCAGAGAGCAUGUGGUUAACCAUGUUUGCUGUAAAAAAAAAACUGACGGUCAAUGGGUGUGGAAGGUUCUAGGGGAUAAUUUUUGUUCAGGAGAUACUAAUGCUUAUUUGAACCCAGUGUGUAUUACUGGCAAGUGGGUGUUCAUUAUUUCUGACAUCAUUUGUCAUAGUGCAUUACUUGCAUUCCUUAAUGUUGAAGAUAUGUGA